UGAACACACUGACAGUUCACUUGUUGACAAUUUCCAAGGAAUAAGAUCAAUAUUUCUUUGCAAGUUGUUUACUAAAAAAUUGCGCUAAUUCAGGAUUAAUAUAGGACUGAAAAAAUGAAUUCUGCGACGAAGGUGGGCGAAAUCUUCACCGCUGCCGGAGCAGCAUUCAAUCGUUUGGGCGAGCUAACCAUGCAGUUACAUCCAUCGUCAGAUUCCCCAACGGGGAGCAAAUGGACAGAUGAAGAAAUAGAAAUGCUACGCUCUGCCGUCACUCGUUUCAGUGAAGAUUUGAACAAAGUUAGCCAACGCAUCAAAGGACGAACGGUCUCACAAAUUCGUCAAACUCUCAAAAAGAAGGCUUUCGAGGAUGCAGGAAUUCAGCUCAAAACACAGGCAGUAUCGCAGCAGCAAGCGCAAACUAUUUUAGUACAACAGAGCUCACAGCCGGCAUCAGCAGGUGGAAUCGAUCAACAAAACAAAUUGAUUGUGAAGCAAGAAGAUCACGAUUCCACUGGGAGUGGUAACUACCUGAACAAGCCAUCCAAUAUGAUGAUGACACUAAACCGAUUGAAUGCUCAGGAACCCGAAGCGGAUGUGGAAGGUCUCGCUUCGACCGAGGUUAAGCUGGAAUUCGAGCCGGGCGCAGAGGACGUGGCCGGGUGAGAUGAGGUGGCCUUUUACUUCGGUAUAUCACCGCGAGGAUAAAGGUUGUACGUAGUUUAGCCAGAAGGAGAAAGUAUAUUGAAACGUUUCUGUUGUUCUAUUUUUUGUUUAAGUUAUUGGAUUCGUAUGAAAUAACUGUUUCAACACAAAUUAAAGUUUUUGGCGAACAGAGUAUAUAAUUGAAAGAAAUAAAAAAUUACUAUCAACCAUA